AUGAGGACAUCUACUCUUUUGCUCCUCUGGAGCACUGCAGGAGCAGCUUUGGCUUCUCCGUACCCGCUUCCCGACUCGCAAGUAGUCUUCGCCGCGGAUCAUGAGGUCCCAAAUACACAGGGCAAACACGUCGUGGACGAGGCCAUACUCUCGGCGCUGAACGCUCAUUCUGACCCAGUCGCUGCAAUGGUGUCUCUACGUCCCGAAACUGCAGCUUUUCUAGCUGAACCUCGUCUCUUGCACAUUCGGGGCGAAGAGAAGGCGGAAUGGAUGACCGAAGGCGACAAGCUGCGCCUCCGCCAACGCGGAAAGAAGUUCAUGGACAUCACCGAGCAUCAGGACUUCUACGCAGAGCAGGCGAUGGCCUCGUUUGCUGGGGAUCCUAAUCUUCCCAAGCUGUCCCAUAAAGGUCUCGUCAAGCCGCUCUCCGAAUGGCUGCACGACUACAUUGCUGCGAUCAUCUCCAAAUCACCUUUCCGCACCCACAUCUCUCUCGAAUACUUCACCCAUCCUUUCCGCCAAUCUUCAAUUAUUGCACGCUUCGAGCCUAAAGUCCGCAGCUUCUCCCAGCCUUUGACCAUCAUUGGUGCGCACCAAGAUUCGGCCAAUUAUCUUUUUCCGCUGCUGCCCGCCCCUGGCGCUGACGAUGACUGUUCCGGCACUGUCAGUAUCCUCGAGGCCUUCCGCGUUCUGGCGGAGAAUGGCUACACGCCCAAGGACGGGCCUGUUGAAUUCCAUUGGUAUGCGGCUGAAGAGGGCGGGCUACUGGGCAGCCAAGCCAUCGCGCGGUACAAGAAGGAGCAGGGCGCUAAAAUUGGUGCCAUGAUGGAGUUUGAUAUGACGGCUUUUAUUGCCCGUAACGCCACCGAGACCAUCGGGUUUGUUGCAACCCAAGCCGAUGCAGCGCUCACAAACUGGGCCGCCAACCUCAGUCGAGAAUACAUCUCCAUUCCGGCGGAAGUCUAUGAACUUGGCCCCAACGCUGGAUCCGACUACAUGUCAUACACUAAGCUCAACUACCCCGCUGCCUUUGCCUCCGAAGGCAACCCGCUCGCUGGGGGCUCUUUCCCGGGUGAAAUGGACCCCUACGUACACGGCAUCAAGGAUAGGAUGGACGUUGACGAUGAAACAGGCGUCUUCUCUAUCGACCACAUGGCUCGGUUCUCCGAGUUGGCUAUUGCGUUUGUUGUCGAGCAGGCUGGGUGGGAUAAUGCAUGGAGGUAGAGUAUAUUCAGAGAUACUUCCAGCCACAAUAGCAUGUAGAGCGGCUCUUAGUCAUUGUGUUUACAAUAUAACUAUACCAUUCUAUUGAGGUCUUGACAGAGUUAUCAUGUCAAAAUAGGGAUCAGUCUAUAUUAAUGCGCCCCUAAAUCAGGAAGUACGCUAGUGUCCAUGACCAAAACAAUAUCCACAUACAGAUAUCACCUAUCGGCCUCACUACGAACCCUUACCAUAAACCCUUACAUACAAGAG